GCAAUCUUGUGAAAACCAAGGCAAACAAUCCCAACUCUGCUCACAAUUUGCCCACAAACACACAAUACAAACAAGUUAUCCCAUCAGCCAGUAAUACCUAACUUGCUAGCACUUUCGCAAGCACCAUGAGCCCUAUCAACAACAACAAGAGCAAUAUGCGCCCCGACGGCAGCCGCAAGAGGUUACCAAAGAGAACCAGAUCGCUGGACAAGACAAAUCACUAUCGCACAAAAAUAAUAGACGAAGAAGACCUUUACGUUGUAAUGGUACCAGCAGCAGCACCAAGACCCAAGAAGAAGAGCGUUCGUUUCUCCGACACGGUUGCCAUUGAUGUUGCUACGGGAAAGGAAUACGUCAAAUCCCCUCGAACUGGAUUCUCCUUUCUCGCUGACAAGCUCAGUAGUCGCCAUAACGAAACCUGCUUUUGGAAACGAGACACCAAUACUAAAACACGAAAGAUCACUGCCAUGGACGAUGAUUUUGAUUAUAUUGGUUGGGCCGAUGAUAUCAUCAACAACAAGAACAACAAUAAUAAGUCAUCCUCCAAGCCAAAACGGAAACUCGGCAAGAAAUCGAUUCUGCGUGGAUGGAGCAAGCUGCAUCACAAGAUUCUUCCAUUUACACCAGUGGCAGCUUGCUGAGUAAAAAAGCGAGAACCACUCGUACCACAAGCAAUCGAACUCACUAACUACCCUAUAGCUAGCUAGCCCGAUUUUGUAUCAUCUCUAAUUCUAACUACCUUUCACUGCUCCAAUACCGUAGCCGUAGCUACCUUUCGCACCAUCUUUCGGUUUGGACUAG